AUGAGGAAAAUAGAUUCUAGCAAAAAGCUAAUAUUCAUUAAAGUUUGCUUGUAUUUUAUUGAUUUGUUUUAUUGGGUUUCUGGAGUUAUCCUCCUGUGCAUAGGAGUCUCUGCCCAGACGAAACUUCAUGAUACUUUCAUGGUGGUGAAUGAUGCCUCAAGUGGUGUCCCUGUGAUUAUCACCAUUGUUGGUGGUGUAAUCAUCUCCGUCUCUGCGUUUGGUGCAAUUGCUAUCCUGAAAUCCAAUCAUAUGAUGAUCAAAGUGUUCACAGGCAUGCUGCUGAUUAUCUUCUUGAUUGAAAUCAUAGUUGGCAUCUCUGCCUAUGCUUACAGAGGGAAGCUGCAUGACAACCUGUUGAAGAGCUUCCUGAAGUCUCUUGACAAAUAUAACAGAGAUUCCCACGUAACCAAAGGAGUGGACAAUUUACAAGAGAAUUUCCAGUGCUGUGGUGCUCAGAACUAUACCGACUGGUUCAAUACUACAUUUGGAUCUCUCAGUUCAGCUGUUCCAAAUAGCUGCUGCAAGAUAAUAACGAUAAGUUGUGGAAUGAAUCUAAGCACCGAUGCUGCUAACAUUAACCAACAGGGAUGCAUUCCAAAGCUGAAGAAGUGGGCUGAAGAACACAUUGUUUUUGUUGGAGGGGUUGGUUUAAGUGUUGGAUUUGUGCAGUUAUUUGGGAUCUUAUAUAGCUACAUGCUACUAAGAAUACUUAAGGAAGAUUAUGUGAACUUGUGA